CCUCAUCUUCCAAAAAGGUUAUUUCUUCCUUAAACAUAUUAAAAUAAAACGAUCAAACGGAUCUCUAAAACCUCUUUUCAUCCAACCUUCUUCCUUCCGGAGUUUUUAUUCUCAGUUUAUUAAUGUUUUGAGCUUAACCUAAACCCUAAUUCUCGUUUUCUUUUCUCACAAGAUUAUCUUGAAAUACAAAUGCUUCAAUCAAUGAAUAUAACUCCUAAAUCUCCUGAACCCGAACCCGAAACUCCAACCCGGAUCCAACCAGCCAAACCACUCUCCUUCAGCAACGGUUUCAUCAAACGCCACCACCACCACCCAAUCCCCAUCACCUACAAAGAAUGCCUCAAGAACCACGCGGCGGCGACUGGCGGUCACGCGCUAGACGGUUGCGGCGAGUUCAUGCCUUCCCCUUCUUCCACACCUUCCGAUCCAACUUCUCUCAAAUGCGCCGCCUGCGGUUGCCACCGUAACUUCCACCGCCGUGACCCUAACUCCUCCUCCCCCGCUUCCGCCGUGCCUCACCACCCUCCUCCUCCUCGCAGCCCUAACUCCUCCUCUCCGCCGCCUAUCUCAUCCUCUUACAUGCUCCUCGCUCUCUCCGGUACCAAGAAAACGGCACCGUUCUCAGAUCUCAACUUCGCCGCCAACAACCACACUCCGGGCUCUAGGAAGCGGUUCAGGACGAAGUUCAGCCAAGAACAGAAGGAGAAGAUGCACGAGUUCGCAGACCGCAUCGGGUGGAAGAUUCAGAAGCGAGACGAUGACGAGGUGCACCGUUUCUGCCGUGACGUCGGAGUUGAUAGAGGCGUGCUUAAGGUUUGGAUUCAUAAUAACAAAAACGCCGUCAACAGCCGCCGUGAUCUCUCAUUCUCCGGCGGUAUCACCGCCGUCAAGAUGGUCGAUGACGGCGUCGCGGGAGAGAAGGAUAAUAACAAAGCCGAAGAUGAUGGAAACGGUUUGGAACAAGAGUUACACCAAGGCGGUGGUGGGAGGUUUGAGAGUGAUAACGGCGAAGGUAACGGCGGAAACAUUAACGGCUCGUCGUCGACGUCGUGAAGAAGAGAAAGUGUUGUUGUUUUGCAGGGGAAGAGCAAUAAGAGAGGUUAAGCUUUUUGUUUAGCUUAGAUCAUUGAGAGUGAGUACUGCUAAUAGCAUCGUUUAAUACGUUUAAUUUAUAUUAAUUAAAACUGUUUUUUAGCUCUAUUUAUUCUGUUUCAUUUGUUUUCCGAGUUUAAAUUGAGAUACUAAUUAC